AUCCGCAGAGGAAGCCCAAGCCCGAAGCGAAACACGCACAAGAAGCCCAUGUCGCUGAAACACGCGACCACGCUCAUCAAAUCCCUAUGCGCGCGCGGCGCGGUCCGCCACGCCCGCGCCGUGUUCGACGAAAUGCCCGACCGGGACGUGGUGGCGUGGACGGCCAUGCUCUCCGGCUACGCCUCCAGCGGCUGCCACCGUGAGGCGCGCGACGCCUUCCGGCGCAUGCUCGCGGCCGGCGUCGUCCCCAACGAGUUCACUCUGUCCAGCGUCCUGACCGCGUGCCGUGGCAGCGGCGGCGUCUGCGGCGGCGGCGGCGCAGCAUUGAUCCAUGCCGUCGCUGUGAUGCGGGGCGUGGACCACAUGCCGUAUGUAGUGAACGCGCUCAUUGACGCGUACGCGUCCCACGGGGACGGCCUUGUGGACGCGAGGAGGCUGUUCGAAGCGCUGGAGGGACGGCGCACGGCUGCAUCGUGGACAUCCAUGAUAGCUGGUUAUGUCCGAUUGGGACAGGAGAACACGGGGCUGCAAUUGUUCAAAAGUAUCAUUCAGGAUGAUGUUGAACUGAGUCCCUUCACCUGCUCUAUUGCAAUCCAUGGAUGUGCUUCAGUAGGUAACUUACGUUUUGGACAGCAAAUUCAUGUACUCUCCAUAAGGAAAGCUCUUGGAGUGAAUCUUGCUGUUGCAAAUUCUCUGGUCGACAUGUACUGCACUUGUGAAAGCAUACUGGAAGCUAGGAGGCUUUUUGAUGAGAUGCCUGAAAGAAACUUGGUCACCUGGAAUACCAUUAUUGCUGGAUCUAGCCGAUGUGAUCCUCUAAUGGCCAUGCAGCUGCUUGUUGACAUGAAUCUUGAGCCAAAUUGCUUGACUCUAACUAGCAUCACAUCAGCAUGUGCUGGUCUUGCAGCUCUGAGGUGUGGUCAGCAGGUCCAUGGGGCUGUACUUAGGAGAAACUAUGACAAUGACCUAAAGAUUUCCAAUGCCCUUGUAGACAUGUACUCCAAGUGCGGAAGCAUUUCUAAUGCUAAGAAGGUAUUUAACAUGAUGAAUUGCAAGGAUAUACUAUCAUGGACAUCAAUGAUUGGUGGAUAUGGGAUGAAUGGGUGUGCGAAUGAGGCCAUCGAGCUGUUCAAUUCCAUGGUCGAUGCUGGGGUUCAUCCAGACCAUGUUGUGUUCAUGGGCCUUAUCAGUGCUUGCAGCCAUGCUGGUUUAGUAGAUGAAGGAUGGAACCUUUUCAGGUCAAUGUUAUUUGAGUAUGAUAUUCAACCUAACAAGGAGAUUUAUGGUUGUGUUACCAAUCUUCUUGCUCGUGCAGGGAUGCUGAGAGAAGCCUUUAAUCUCAUUGAUACAAUGCCAAUCACUCCUGAUGAACCUGUCUGGGGAGCAUUGCUUGAUGCAUGCAAGAUGCACAAGAAUGUAGAUCUGGGCAGACUAGUUGCAAGGAAACUAAUUGAGAUUAAUCCUGAUGAAGUGAAGACUUAUGUCCUGCUUGCAAACAUAUACGCUGCAGAUAGCAAAUGGGGUGAGUAUGCUGUGACAAGGAGGUUACUGAGGGGCACAGGAAGCAGUAAGGAGGUCAGAUUGAGUUGGAUAGAGGUAAAAGAUAAGGUGUAUAGCUUUAGCACAGCUGACAGUAGCAGUCCUCAAGUUAGUUUGGCAGAUGAGGUAUUGCAGAUCUUAGCUCAACACAUGGAUGAAACUGGAAAUGAUUUUGUUGACAAUAUUUCCAGAGCUGUAUGAUAAUUUUUUUUCUUAAAUGGUUCCUCCAUUCAUAAUCAAAUGUUGCAGAAACUGAUUCUGGAGGUUU